UCAGAACAUCGGGACGUGCAGACACACGGAUGUCUGUCUCCACAGACGGGGGCAGCGGCGCAGCACUCUCUGCGUCUGUCUCAUCUCACGUACGGUGAAGUAGCGGUACGGUGCCCGUGCGCCGUGACGGCACAUCUCCACCACAAAGACCAGCCUGUCACUCAAUCCUGCAAGAGCGAAAGACGAGACGCACAAACGGCACGAGUUCUGCAAUGAAUGCAGUGCCAAGCGGCCCGCUGAGGUUUGCCCGAGCCCACCGGUGCGAGCAUGCAGGAACGAAGUCGCUGUGGCGUUUCCGAGCUCCUCCUCCUCGGACUCUGGCACGGAAUCAUCCUCAACAUCAGGUGGCGCCCCAGAGGGGCUGUGGCGGAUGUUGUGAUAUGUGCCGUUGUUCUCGAUCAGGGUGUCCUGGAGGGAAUCGUCUAUGAAGUCAUCGAUGCCGAACUGACUCACAUCACCACCACCAGAGGGCACUGCGGGCGGGACGAUGGACUGGACAAACGAGUUGGCAUUGACGAACUGACCAAGGACGACGAAAAGAAAAACGUAGACGUGCAUCUUGCAACAGCUUUGCUGCAGG